UGCGGAUUAGAGUUCAUUGAGACCCAAAUGCCCGGUCCCACCCAAGCCCUUUCCCCAAAUGGAGAGAAUAACAACGACAUCGUCCAGGACAACGGAUCCAACAUCAUUCCUUACAGGAAAAAUACGGUGCGAGGAGAGCGCGCCUACAGUUGGGGGAUGGCGGUCAACGUAUAUUCUACCUCAAUAACCCAGGAGACUAUGAGCAGGCAUGACAUCACUGCCUGGGUUAACGAUAUUCUCUGCCUAAACUAUACAAAAGUGGAGCAGCUCUCCUCAGGUGCCGCAUAUUGCCAGUUCAUGGAUCUGCUUUUCCCUGGUUGCAUCAGUCUUAAGAAGGUCAAAUUUCAAGCUAAGCUGGAGCAUGAGUACAUUCAUAAUUUCAAGUUGUUGCAGGCAUCCUUCAAAAGGAUGAAUGUGGACAAAAUUAUUCCUGUGGAGAAACUGGUCAAAGGCAGAUUUCAGGACAAUCUUGAUUUCAUCCAGUGGUUCAAGAAAUUCUUUGAUGCUAAUUACGAUGGUAAAGACUAUGACCCAGUUGCAGCCAGACAGGGUCAGGAUGCCAUUCCUCCACCUGAUCCUGGUGAGCAGAUCUUCAACCUGCCAAAGAAGUCCCACCAUGCAGCCAGCUCCCCGACUGCAGGAGCAUCAAGGUCGAGUUCAACAACCCCCAAGUCCUCAACACCAACAUCCAGACCCUCAUCAGCCAAAAAAGUCCCUGCAACAGCAACUCCUGCCAAAGGAGAGAAAGAACUGGAAGCACAGGUCACACAUCUUACAGAGCAGGUGAACACAUUAAAGUUGGCACUGGAGGGUGUGGAGAAGGAGAGGGACUACUACUUCGGCAAGCUGCGAGAGGUGGAAUUGCUGUGCCAGGAACAGGGUGAAGAAAACGGCCCAUUUGUUGAGCGACUAAUGGAGGUCCUUUACUCCUCAGACGAACAGGAGGGAGCAGAGCUGGCAGAGGGGGAUGGACAAGAAGUGGACCAGCAAGCACACGAGGAGGCACCAGAUGAUCAGCAGGAGGAGCAGGAUGAAUAUUGACCGCCAUCAUCAUCACCAUCAACCCUCACCCCAGUUACACCCCUCUUUCUAACAUGUGAGAACUGUAUACAGAUUUUAAUUUUUCCUCAUGGUUUCUUUUUUGUUCUCUUUGAGACUGAGCACAUGAAGCAACCUCUUGAAUGCAAGCACCAUCACACUUUUAUUUUUUGUAUCUCUCCUCUGCUCACUGUUCGAUGUUUAUUCGUGACUUUCAGUAAAAUGCUGUGGCAGGUUUGCGGAGAUGAUCCUCAAGCUCAGACCAACACAGAAGUUUCCAAUGAUUGUGUGGGUGGAAAGUCAGUUAAAAAUCCACAGUAGAUGUAAUGAAAUGCUGAAGUUUAGACAGGUAACUGUUAUCUGUCAGUGCAAAUGUUAACUUCCCAGCUUCUGUCCUUUUUUUCAUUUUAUUUGUUUUAUACGUUGCAUAUCAAAAUAUUAAUCACAAGAAUGCAAUAAGCAAAGCCCUGAAAGGGCUCGUAGUGGCUCUUAUUUAACCUCCUUCCAUACGUUGCACUGACAUUUGACUCUGUACUGGACAAUCUGUCCAUAGAUCUUCACCGUAUUUAUUAUUAUUAUUAUUAAGCCUUAGAAAUAGUGCAAGAUUUUGCAUUGCAUCCUCUUGAAGGAGGGCAAUACAGUCAAUGAAUUGUGAAUAAACUAUAGUGUAAUGCCAAUCUAUGACUGUUUGACAGCUAUCCACAUACAAAUUACAAGAUAAUCGGUGUGUUCAGCAAUGUGUUCUCACACCAUACAAGGUGGUUAGGUGAUUGUUUACUUUUUAUGUCAUAAACCUAGGGAAGGAAAGAAACAUUAUUGUGGACUAGUCUUAUAAUGGUGCAGCAUUUUAUGUUUUAAACCUCAGCUGGAUCUUGUGGUCUGUUCAGAAUUCAGCCAUUUGCUUCUGAGUAUUUCUUUUUUAAACCACAGGUCUUAGGGAGUCGGUUCACUGAGUAAUUGCCAUACUAUAUUCCAGUAAGUACAUUGUAUACCCUUUCUUAAUAUUGCAUUUACUAAUAUUGAACUGGGCAGUGCACCAUAAUGCUUUAGUCAUAUAUAAUUGUGUAAAUGAAAAGGAAUGUAAACAUGUACUGUCAAUAAUUAAUGAAUGGUAAAUGUUUUUUUCAUGUCCCUCUCAUUAUGCAUUCCCCCAAAAAACGUGUUGCAUGUAUGCAUUUUAUUUGUGAAUAACUUGACCUGCUUUUUACAUAUUUAAUAAAAAACAAGUAUGUUAAGUGAGCUUUUUGUAUGUUUAACCUGCUAUUUGAAAGUUGUUGAGAUUCGGAUGGAUUUGCUGUAAUAAAAUUACAU